UCACGUUAUGAAAAAGGAGAGGAAAGGCUUCAGAGAGAAGGAAAGCAGCUGGAAGUGAUGUCAGUGAACCUGUCACUUAUUUAUUUGCCUGCACGCUGAACAUGACCUAACACUCAAACUUGGGUCUCUGCUGGACGCAUUCACAAAUUACUUUGCAGUGGUGUUUUCUCAAACACUGAUUGUGCUAAGUAGUUCUUUGAACAAAAUUUACUGAGAAUGGCCUCCAAUGCAACUCUUCUCAUGCACUCCCAGUCAGACAUCUCAAACCACCAUGAGAAAACUACAGUGGACAUUGAUGCCCUUAUGGAUAAUUUUACCAUUGUCCUCUACACCAUUACCAUUAUCUUCGGCAUCACUGGAAACUCUGUGGUCAUCUGGGUGGCUGGUACGCAUCUGAAGCCCAACGUCACUAACGUUUGGCUGGUCAAUCUCGCCAUAGCAGACCUGAUCUUCUGCUUGACUCGUGUAACUUCGCUUGUCAAAAAACUUUUCUAUGACUACUGGCCUUUUGGAGUUUUUCUUUGCAAGUUCAAUGGUUUCUUCAAGUAUGCCAACAUGUUCUGCAGUGUUUUUCUUCUGGCUGUUAUCAGUGUGGAUCGAGCACUCUGCGUUUGGCGUCCAGUGUUCACCAGAGAACGACGGACGUUAUGUGCAGCUCGGGUGGUCAGUGUGGGAGUUUGGAUUGUGGCGGUGAUCUUUAGUUCACCAUACUUUGUUUACCGGCAAGUCCACCUUGGUGACAACAACUUAAGCAAGUGCUCACUGGAGGUAAAAGAAGCAUCAAAAAAUGACAAUUCGGCAAAGAACGCCUUAUACAGCAUUCGCUUCUUAUGUGGAUUCCUGUUGCCCUUCCUGGUGAUCCUUUGCUGCUACAUUCUAGCUGGCAUUGGGAUACGCAGAACAAGAUUCUCUGGUAAAUCUAGGCCUCUCAGGAUUCUCGCUGGCCUGGUCUGUGCCUUUUUCAUUUGUUGGGGCCCCUACCACUGCCUACUGCUCGCCAAGAUGGUAGACAAGAAGAGCCAAGCUGUUAAAGUAGGUCUGCCUAUUGCUAAAGGCUUCGCGUAUUUCAACAGCUGCGUGAACCCGGUGCUGUACUUCUGCAUGGGACUGGAUGUUAGGCAACGUUUCAGACAAAGCAUAUCAGGGAUUUAUCGCAGAGCACUUAUGGAAGAAGGCCACACUUCACAGUCACAGGACGGCACUGCAGAAGAAAGCUGUAAUUCCAUUCGAAAGACUGCAGGGAUCGUUCGAGACAGACCUGAGGGCAUGACUAAAGUUUAAAGGAGUUUUAUUGUAAUCUAAUUUUAGUUUUUUUUAGCAGUGGCAAUCAGUGGGGAAGUUUUACAGGGAGGCUGAUAUGUAAACAAUAAUGAAAUCCAAAUGUGAAAAAUCUGUAUUUUUUUGCUGACCUUUAUACUACCAGCCCAGCAGGCAAACAACUUCGUAAGACAUUGAUAUUUGGUUAAAUUGUGGUUGCAACGUCUAGUGAGCAAAAUUCAGUGUCAAUUCAAGUUUAAUUUCAUUGUUAAUUUGAUGUCUAAUACCAUCGUCAGCUGAUGUUAAUAUAUGUUGUUUUUAGGUUGUGUAACCAAAAUCCAACAUUAAUUUAAUGGCAAAUUGGUGUCAAAUACUCACGUCAACCUGAUUUUCAUUCUCAACCAAAAUUCCAACGUCAACCUGACGUUAUAAUGACAUUCUGUGCUUGCUGGGAGACUUUCUCUAAAAUAAUCUUGAUAAUAUUUUUUUACAUAUAAGGCAGCUGGUUCAAGUUUAAACCAGCUCAUACCAGCUGCCAUGCUUUUUCAACAAAAAAAAAAUCAACAUGUAUAUAUUUGUGAGUGGGAUUUUGACAUUUAUGCAGAACAAACUGAUACAUGCUUUUGUACAUGACAAACUUUAGAAUUAUAAAUAGUGGUUUUCGCAAGUCUGCUUCUUAGUAUUAACAUGUAAACCACUGUUUAGCAGCUACUACAUUUCCUUUCUCCAAAGCCAAUAAACUGUGGUCAGGUUUCCAGAGAAAGUCUCUUGAUUUAAAGUAGAGUAAUUCACUUCAUACUAAGAGUGCCAAAACCAUAGGCCUUUGUUCCUCUUUUCUGAUCAAGAUAUUCUAAAAAUAUUCUUUCUUUUUUUUAACUUAAGUCCAUUUCUAGGAAAGUCUGUUCACUCUGCGGCUACAUCUGCAAUGCUUCUGAACAGAUAUUUUGGGCAUUCCCCUCAGGGGAAAUCUUGAGUUCUUAAAAACUGCUUUUAAAUAACACAUUUUAAAUAGCAACACAAUUUGACAUGAACAAUCCCAUUAAAAGGAGUAGUUCACUUCCAGAACAAA